UCAGUUGUUUAUUACAAUAGACUAUUUUUGCUCAAUGUUGUUGUGACCGUAAUGUUUGUACGCUCCCCCAAGCUGUUUUCUAUAAGCGUAAACAAUACACGCUGGCUGUUUAUAUCUAGUAGCCGAUGACUGAUUGCAUUCCAGCGGUUUAACGGCUAAAUGCGUUUCAGUUAAGAGUAGAAACUUAGGAAAAUGGGUAGCAGUAAUAGUAGGUUGCCCUUGAACAAUUGGUUACAAAUUUUGACAGAAUGAGUUCAGCCUUAAAACCAGCAUUAACACCUUCCGGUGUGCAAAAUCAGCCGGUACCUUCGCAGUUGAAUAAACCCAUGCAUACUCAGGGAGCACCGACCACAUAUGGUCAACCGAUGAGCCAUAUACCACAAAACCUUGUUAAUAUACCGCAUAAUGCACCGAACUCUGGCAGUGUGCACAAUCAGGUGCAUAGCAUUAACGCUAAUGUCCAUACAGCGCAUCCUUCUAACCAUUAUUCUUUAAACGUCCCUAAUGCUUCACAACAUUACCCGAUAAGCGGAAAUAUCCCCAUUAACACACAUUCUGCACCUGUAAGUAAUCAUCCUGUACCAAACACAACACAAGCACACAUUCAACCACCCUCCACGUUCUCCCCUUCACCAAAAAAUUUAUCCUACAAUCCUAAUUAUCAAAGCAACGUUGGACAUUCAUAUAAAACGACAAGUAUGACACCACCGGUAAAUCAACUACCACAAUCUCAACCGACAGAAACUACACCACCAACAGAGAAGCCUCAAUCGAACGGAACACCCGAUAUCAAAAUUGCAAGCAAACCUGAGCCUUCACAGAACCACGUAACGCCGAUAGUUAUAGAAAAAUCGAUCCAGCCUCCUCCCCAAUUACCGCCUGCCGAAAUCCAAGUACAAUCAACGCCCGAAAAGGCAAAAACCGUACUAGAACAAGCGUCCGUUGAACCCGAAGAGAGCGUAAAGGAAUCAAACGAAAGUAAACCUUCGGAUGAGGAAAGCAGGCCUCCGCCGGAACCUGAAGAUAGUUCGACGAUCACAAUGGCGGCGGCUACUGCUGAUAGUGUACCGAGUUCGGUUACAGAAACUAGUGCAAUUUCGACUGAAAGUGUUCCUUCUGCAGAGACUGAACCGCCAGUCGAUAGUACUAGUACGGAUGCGAUGGAAACCGAUCGUCCACCCUCCCCUCCUUCACAAAGUACUGAAGUACCUGAGCAGAUUAAAAAUGACGACGACAAUAGUGCCAGUCCAACAAAUGCUACUGUCAAUAAAACUAAGGAUCAGAAUAAUCAAAAACCAACUUUAAAAUUAGCUACGACACCUAGAAACGUAACCAAAAAACCCAAAGUGUCCAAGCCGGACCCGGAAACUCCCAAAGUUGUGAAACCCGAAACGAAAGCAUUACAAAAGUCGCCAGGAUCGGGUGGCAAAUCUAAACGAACUCGCACUAAAACGCAGCCGUAUCAAAGCCCGUUACCCGAAGUUGAGAUGAUCUCUAAAAUUACUGCGACAACACCACGCAGUAGAAAUAAUGAGGAUAAGCUAAUCAUAUUUUACAAGAACGAGUUUUUAGCAGUGCGGAACUCCGAAGGAGGUUUUUACAUUUGUCAGGCGGUACAAAAUAUUUACAAAAGCUCGCCCAGGAUACGUAUUCGUUGGCUGUCUCAAGACAAAAGUGACAAGGAGGUUUAUACACCUGAUUUCUAUGACAAUACGGAUUUCGACUGUAUCUUGACUAAUUUGAAUCUCUCGCGUGCCGGUAAAGGUAAAUAUAGGUUGCCGGCCGCUGAGAGAAUUAGGACGGAUAGUAUUCUGAAGCGAGCAUUAGCCGUGGAGAAAGGCGAUGAAAAACCUACUUCUUUAACUGAAGAGCAUCCAGAUGGUUGUAAGUAUUUUUUCUAAAAAUUGUACAUGUUC